ACGGCGUUGAAAGACCAUGGCCUCUGGUCAUGACCUCCAGAGAAAUCUCGAUCGCAACGGCUUCGGCGGUCUCUAGUACCCGCUCCGUGCCCUCCCGUAGCAUAUACUGUGCACCCGGACUAUUGCUGCCUUUCCGUUCUUUACUUUCGGGCACGACCACGCAGGGUAAUGGCCUCUGCCAGCUACGAUGCCCUCCAAGAGGGAUCUCAUCACAAUAUCCAUCCCAACUCUAGUGAUCCUAGCCACUACCAAUCGACGGGUUACAUCACCCCCUCGCCCGCCAAAAGACGCCUUGGUCCCUGGAUCAAGUUCGGCGUCCCCGUCGCCGUUCUGGUGAUCGUCGGCGUGGUUGUCGGGGCCGUCGUAGGCACGCGACAUCACUCCAGUAGUGGCAGCUCCUCGUCCUCUUCUGGUGCUGGUGAUGGGGGCGGUGGUGGAAGUGGUGGUGGUAGUCCCGCGGCUGCGAGUUCAGCGGUGAGCGCGAAGGAAGAAGUCGGCAUAUUCGCGACGGCGACGAACAGUUUCUACGAGAUACCGCUGUACCCGUCGACGACCAACACUGCCGCUUUCACCCUUCCGACCUUCAUAUCCAGCUCUUCCGUCUCCUGGCCGUCAGACCCCUUCCAGCCCUCCGACCCUCAACCUACAGUAGUCCGCACGGACCGCCCGCGGCUCAUCGCUCCAGCAUACAAAUGGCAGGCGCUGCCCGAUCUCAUCCCGAAGGAUGCUUACCUGACAUACUGGAACGAGUCCAUCUUCAACAACGCCACCCAAUACUACUCGCUCGCGCCCGUCGCUUACCAUAUGGACGGCGACAGCGGCAUCCUAGACAACUCGCGCGAGAUCAAGAUGCGCAUCAAAGCCUUUGCCUAUGCGUAUCGAAUGAGCAACGACACGAAAUGGGUAGAUCGGGCGUGGACCGAACUUCAGAACGCGGCGGGGAACGGUACCACGUCUUUCGGUCCGGACGACGACAAGUGGAACUCGGCGCACUUUCUCGACACGGCCGAGAUGACGGCCGCGUUCGCGAUCGCGUACGACUGGCUGUACGACCUAUGGACCCCCGACCAGAAGAGCCAGAUCAUGUCCACCAUGAUCAAAUACGGCCUCAGCCUCGGGCAGAAGGCCUUCUCCGACUCGAGCAUCGGCUGGUGGGCCAACAACAUCACCGGGAACUGGAACUGCGUCUGCAACGAUGGCCUCACGCUGGGCGCCCUGGCCAUCCUAGGCGACGACACCACCGGGCUCGCCGAAUCCCUCAUCGGGCUCACCCUCCCCAACGCCAAGGAGAACUGCGCGUUCGGCCCUUCGUCCGACGGCACCUGGUCCGAAACCGCCAACUACUGGUACUUCGGCACCACGGGCCACGCCGAGAUGGCGUCCGCCCUUCUGACCGCGACCGGCUCGCACCACGGCCUGCUCUCCGCCAACCCCGACUUCAACCUCACGGCGUUGUAUCACAUGUACGCCACGGGCGCGACGUCUCUCUUCGACUGGGGCGACCACGGCCCGAACAAGUUCUCCUCGACCGCCAACCCGAUGUUCUUCUACUCUACCGCUUACGAGACGCCGGCCUACGCGCUCUUCCAGCGCGACCGGCGCGACGCCGCCGACCCGUGGAGCAUGUUCUGGUACGACCCCGCCGUAUCCGGCGCGUGGUGGGACGGCCUCGCGCUCGACCGCUUCUUCGACGACCCGCUGACGCAGUGGGGCUCGAUGCGGAGCUCGUGGACGGAUAUCGACGCGCUGUACGUCGGGAUCAAGGCCGGGAAGAACCGGGGGCACCAGACGCACAACGACCUCGACGCGGGCGAUUUCGUGCUGGACGCGAUGGGGUACCGGUUCGCGGGCGAGUACGGCUCGGGGGAUUAUCUCUCCGCCGGGUACUUUAACAAGGACGACCAGGACGACGAGAGGUGGUUGUAUUUCAGGAAGAGGACGGAGGCGCAGAACGUGAUGCUGGUGGGUGGGGAGAAUCAGGACGUGGAGGCGGCGCCGAGCGUGAGGCAUGAUACGUCCGGGACGAGGCAGGGAUCUAGCACCGUGUUUGACGUGCCCAGCGAUUCUACGGCGUACUUCGUCGCGGACCUCACCAGCGCGUACUUCAACGUGACAUCCUACGAACGCGGCGUGCGCAUGAUCAACGGCCGGAAGCAGGUGCUGCUCCAGGACGACAUCACCGCCUCCGCGCCGAUCAGCUGGCGGCUGCAGACGAACGCGACGGUCUCCGUCGAUUCGUCGGGCACAUCCGCGACGCUCACGAUCGCCGGAAAGGUCGUGAAGAUGGAUAUCCUGGACGCACCCGAGGGCGCGAGCAUCACGACUGGACCCGCCGUCCGCCUCGCGAGCGAUCCGCCACUUCCGGCGGGACAGACCGACCAGCCGAACCCGGGCGUGACCGUGGUGUCGAUAAGCCUGGAAGCGGGGACGUAUAGCUUGCAGGUGUUGUUCAGUCCGCAGUGGGACGGUAUGAAGGCGAGCGACUUCAAGACGCCGCCGUCUGUGGAUCUUGACGACUGGUCGUUGACCAGCCACGAUUGAGCUCGUGCUCUUGGUGACUUUUCAGUACUGCAUAUGGACUACUCUUCGUAGCCUCCUAGUCUGUUCGUGUAUCGCUGUAUAAUGAGUACUAUCAUCUACUACUAUCUCUUUGUAUCGUCGUAAUCAUAGGCGGCGCAUUGGUCAGUCGGCGGAGCCCGAAAAUGCCAAGGGUCGAGCG